AUGAAGCAACCCUUCACUGCUUCUUCUUCAUCUUCUUCUCCAUCUCUAAUCAGAAAGGCCCGUCUCUCUCCUCAUCUCCUCACUCUAUUGGCUUUCAUUGUCUUUGUUGUCAUUCUUUAUGGCGAGGACUUCAUGUGCCUCCUCGGCCAACUCGACCCCAACCUGGACCGGAUAGCUACCAGAAUCGAGAAGAAGUGGGAGAAGCUACCUUUCUCGAUAGGGAAGACCCCAGAAGGUUGUGACUUGUUUAGUGGGAGAUGGGUGUGGGACAACUCAACUCGACCACUUUACGAAGAAUCGGAGUGUCCGUACAUACAGCCACAGUUGACAUGUCAAGAGCAUGGCAGGCCUGAUAAGGAUUAUCAACAUUGGAGAUGGCAACCUCAUGGCUGUGAUCUUCCCAGUUUUAAUGCGACACUGAUGCUUGAGACCUUACGAGGAAAAAGAAUGAUGUUUGCUGGCGAUUCCUUGAACCGGGGUCAAUAUGUCUCCAUGGUCUGUCUUCUCCACAGACUCAUCCCUGAAGACCAAAAAUCCAUGGAAACAUUUGAUUCUUUAACAGUUUUCACUGCCAAGGAAUACAAUGCAACAAUUGAGUUCUACUGGGCACCGUUUCUCCUUGAAUCAAACUCGGAUAAUGCUAUCAUUCAUAGAGUAUCAGAUAGAAUUGUGAGGAGAGGUUCAAUCAAUAAACAUGGGAAAAAUUGGAAAGGCGUUGACAUUAUGGUCUUCAAUACUUACCUAUGGUGGAUGACUGGUCUCAAGAUGAAAGUCAUGCGAGGGUCUUUCGAAGAUGAAACGAAAGAUAUCGUAGAGCUGUCGACUGAGGAUGCUUAUCGUAUGGCGAUGAAAAGCAUGUUGAGAUGGGUGAGAAAGAAUAUGAACCGCAAGAAAACAAGGGUCUUUUUCACCAGCAUGUCACCCACUCAUCAAAAAAGCAUAGAUUGGGGAGGCGAGCCGGGUCGCAGUUGUUACAACGAAACAACUCUGGUUAACAAUGCCACAUACUGGGGAUCGGAUUCCAGGAAAAGCAUAAUGAGAGUAAUUGGAGAUGUGUUUAGCAAAUCAAAAUUCCCCAUCACAUUUCUCAACAUCACACAGCUCUCAAAUUACCGCAAAGAUGCGCAUACCUCAAUAUACAAGAAGCAAUGGAACCCAUUGACUCCUGCGCAAAUUGCUAAUCCUGUUAGCUAUGCAGAUUGUGUGCAUUGGUGUUUGCCUGGCCUUCAAGAUACUUGGAAUGAACUCUUAUUUGCCAAGCUGUUCUACCCUUAG